UCUGCUCUGUUGUGUAAUCAAUCGCGGACAUGUGGUGAUCGAAGUUAAUUAUAAAUGCUAAAAAUCUGUUUUAAAAUGAAGUAUGUGUUAAUUUUAUGUGUGUUGUUUCAAUUAAGCUUCAUUUUAAUGGUAACAAGUUCUCCUCGAGUGUGUGUUAUUGGAGCUGGCGUUGGAGGAUUAUCGACUGUUCGCUACUUAAUAAAGGAAAAUAUAAAGUUUACGGCUCUAGAAAGUACAAAAUAUGUUGGUGGCACGUGGCGAUACGAUGAACGAGUUGGGCAAGAUGAAUAUGGACAGCCGAUACACACAAGCAUGUACAGACAUUUAAGGACAAAUCUACCAAAGGUUAUCAUGGAACUGCACGAUUUUCCAAUGCCUAAGGACACUCCUUCUUAUCCCCCUUGGGAGAAUUAUUAUAACUACUUGAAAUCAUAUGCUGAACAUUUUGACCUCUACAAGCAUAUAAAGUUCCAACAUCAUGUAACAUCAGUAAAGAAAAUUGAUGAUAUAUGGAGGGUAAAAUACAAACACAUUCCAACCGAAAACGAAUUUGAAGAAGAAUUUGAAUAUGUUGUAGUCGCAGCAGGGCAUCAUAGUAAGCCACAUAGACCUAUUUUUCCAGGAGAAGAUCUUUUUAAAGGAACAAUUAUACAUAGUCAUGACUACAGAGUUCCUGAUCCGUAUACUUGUCGGAGAGUUUUGAUUGUCGGUUCCGGACCAUCAGGGAUGGAUAUUAGUCUAGAUGUAGCUUACGUCAGCAAGACCCUUGUUCAUAGCCAUCACUCAAAAAUCGACUUUCGAACACCUUUUCCCAAAAACUACAUAAAGAAACCAGACAUCAAGGAGUUUAAUGGCACAGGAGUCAUUUUUACCGAUGGCACCUAUGAAGACAUUGACGAUGUAAUUUAUUGUACAGGUUACGAAUAUCACUAUCCAUUUUUGGAUGAGAGUAGUGGACUGAACAUUUCUGCACAUAGUGUUGUUCCAUUAUACAGAUAUUUAGUUAAUAUUAAUCAACCUACAAUGCUUAUCAUGGGUCUAGUCGUCCGGGCUUGCUUAGUAGUGGCACUGGAUGCUCAGGCUCGAUAUGCUACAGCUCUUAUCAAAGGUGACUUUACACUGCCACCCCAAGAAGUAAUGAUGCGUGAUUGGCAGAGGCAAUACGAUGUUAUUCGGUCAACUGGCCGACCACUGUCUCACAUACAUUUGCUAGCUUAUAAAGAAGAUGAAUACUACGCUGCACUAACCGAGGAGUCUGGAAUAGAGAGAGUUCCGCCGGUAUUUUACAAAAUCCGCACAAUGAAUAUGCAAUCGAUGCUAGAAAAUCUGUAUACGUACAGAAAUUAUGCUUACAAAAUUUUGGAUAGGGAUACAUAUGAAAAAAUACUACUUGAACAUGAAGAUAGUCCGAAAAAUAUAGACUGCACAAGUACUUCAUAAAUAAAAUAAAUUACUAGGUAUUUAAUUUACUUACUUAAAUAAUGUGAUCAAACCACAGACUUUUUACAUACUAGGUACUUUUUUGCCAUACAAAUUUUUAAAUUAUAGGAACAACACAAUAUUUUAAACGUUCUCCUCUAAACAACUUUCAAUUAAUGAGAAUGUCGGUGUUUAGUUUAUGAAAAACUUGACAUUUAUGAAAAUAAUAUAUGAAUUAAUUACUUAGUUUUAAUAAUUCUAAUUUAUUUUUACUUUGCAUUAUGUAAACUUUGCAUUUAGAUACGCACUUAUUUUUAUAAAAUAUCGGACUAGAUACGUAAUAAAACCAAAUAUUUAGUA